UUCUGCCAUUCCACAGUCUUCACUUUUCAUGUUGUGCUAUGGAAACUGCAUGUGUUUCAAGGGAACACGUUGAUCAGCUAUAAGCUGAACCCAAGGAAUGCAGGACAAUAAACCUACAGAUAAUGUGGAGGGAAAUCCUGACAGGGUGGAUCCCUUUUUCCAACAAGGCAAAGUGGCUUGUAUCAUGUUCAUGGUUCUCCUCCUCCUCUCGUUCUUAGUAAUAGGAAUCGUAACAGGUCUCAACUUCACCAAGAAUUCACAUGGGGACCAGAGCAGAGGGCUUCUUCAUAUUGAUGGAUUUACCCCUGGCUCGCAAUUCAAAGGGCCCUGUUUGGAUGGUUGGCUCCCCUAUAAUAACACCUGCUAUUUGUUAGUAAACGAGUAUGGGACGUGGGAAUUAUCAAAGUCUUUAUGCCACAACCAUGGGGCACACCUAAUGGUAGUGAACAGCGAGGAGGAACUGGAUUUCAUUUCAAGAGUUGUUCAAAAGAGUACUGACUACUGGAUUGGUCUCAAGAGAGAUAAGAUGGGGAUGUGGACCUGGGUGAAUGGAGAUGAUUAUCAUUCAACUUCACAUUUCUGGGACAAAGAUCAACCAGUUCAUGGUGGUGUGGAGUCCUGUGUCCACCUAAGAGGAACUGACACUGUGCGCCAAAAUCUCUGGCAUGAUGCUGACUGUAACAGUGAACUGUAUCGUAUUUGUGAACGCAAACUAGAGAAAGGUGUAUUGUAGGAAACUUUGCCCUCUAAGAAUCCUGCUUUGGUUAUACCUUGUCAUAUAGUUAGAUGUUUGUGAAAGCAGAUGUUCACUUUCUCUUUUUGUUUGAACUGUAAAUGCGACUAAAUCCAUAAUGGUGCUCCACGUAAAAUCCAGUGAACUGGACCCAUCCAAUUAUUCCCAAACUCUCACAACAAAAUAAUCAAAUUAACGUUUUUCCCCCUCAAUCUAAUAGUGCAUAUUUUAAAACCGAACAUAUUAAACAUAAGCAGUCCACUUAAGAAGUUUUUGUAAAUUGUAUUAGUAGGCUACAAUGACAAAGUGUACUUAAAGUGACAAGAUCACAUUUUCACUGGGAAAUAUUAUUAUAUUUUGUUCCUUUUUUAUUCUCUGUUUUGGGAGCAAAAUUUUCAGCUUACUUUGUGUUUGCCUUUUACUAUGUUUUUAUAUAUAUAUAAAAAAUGUAUUCCUUUAAUAUUGUUUAUUUUGUAUUGUUACAUAGAAAAACAUAUAUUAGCAUAUCUAUGUAGAGUAUCUGACGAAGACAGAGGAUUAUGCUUAAUGUGUAGAGAUUUAAUAAGCAAUUCCAAAGUUAAAAAUGGUUAAUAAACAGGCAAGAAUAGAAUGUAUUCAAGAUACAAUAUUACCAAUUGUGAAAAUGACAAGGGUGCAAAAUUGAGUUGAUGUCGACCUCUGGUGGUGAGCUGGAUGAACUGAAGAUGUGGCUAUUGUAGCGGAAACUGUAACAGCACCCUUCAAAUUCAGCGAAUCAAUAAGCCUUUAUAUACUCAAAAAUACAUUAUUUUGUUAAAUUAAAGCAAUAUUCCUGGUUACUUCUUGUAAUGCUAUAUUGGGAUUAUCACAGGGUUUCGUAGUCAUGCCAAUGAAGUUAUCAUUUUAGUUACUUUACACAGAUGGGUUAAUGAGCGAUUUUAUUACACAAAAUUUAUGUUAAUUUUAACAUUCAGUGGCUAUUAUUUUGUAUUUUAGCAUUUAUGGACUGGCCCUAUUCACUUUCUCUGUAAGUACCUUACUGUAACAGCUAUUUUUAUUUUAAAGGAGGGACUAAUAUAUAUAUAUAUAUAUAUAUAUAAUGAUUUUUUUUUUUUGUGGAAAUCAACAUUAUGCCACAAAUGCUGUUAAUUGCGCAUAACUUUUAUUGAACCCGGUGUUGCUUAUUUCAAAGUAUGCAUCCCAAAAAUGCUUAAUUUAAAUGGUAAUAAACAAAUAAAAUACAAAUGUAACUACUCAAAUAACUCAAUUAUUUGCACCUGUAUGUGAUGUUGCAACACCACUUAAGCAAUAACUAUCUUGCCUCAUGCAUGCUACAUGUUACUUAUAGAGUGAAUGCUUUAGGCUACCUGAAUGUCAUGGUUGAGCUGUUUGUCCCUCAAGUGUGAGAGCAGGUCUGACUGGAAUUAUCACUGACAUGUUAUCUAUAAAUUAUGAUAUUCCAGACAAGUAUGAGUGAACAAGUCAAGAAAAUGAAGAGCAGCUUGUUAUUAAAAAAGGUGCGACAUCAUCUGUGUUGUAGGCCAACACGGAGCAGAACAAUUUAAUCUGCAAACUGUUACAUGAAGAUAAUCACUCUUAAUACAAGCAAUCUGUUUUACA